AUGGUGCGCUGGAGGCGGCGGCGGGUCCUGCUGCUGACCGUGUUCCUCUCGUCCCUCGUGCUGCUCGAGUACCACCGCAGGGAGCCGGAGGAGCUGCGUCUCUCGGACUGGUUCACCCCGAGCAAGCAGCGCCCCGACGUGGUCACGAUGACCAGCUGGCUGGCCCCGGUGGUGUGGGAAGGCACCUUCAACCGGGAGGUGCUGAGAAGACACUACGAGGGCCGCAACCUCACCGUGGGCCUGGCUGUCUUCGCCGUGGAACGCAGGGCCAGGGCGAUGCUGGACCUCUUCCUGACCUCGGCCAACAGGCACUUCAUGGCAGGCCAGCGGGUCACCUUCUAUGUCACAGUGGAGGCGUCCAGCUCCAAGUGGAAUCAGGACAAGGAUUUGGCGCUGGGCCCGGAAGGGGUGGCCGGGGGGCGGCGGUCUCUGCAGGUCACCACCCUCGAGGAGGACAGCCUGUGGCUGGGCCCCGACCUGGCGCGCAUGAGGGACCUGAGGGAGAACAUCGUCAGCCGCAUCGGCCGCGAGGUGGACUUCCUCUUCAGCAUGACGUCCACCCAGAUCUUCCGGGGCGACGUCGGGCCCGAGGCGCUGGGCACGCUGGUGGCGCAGCUGCACGGCUGGUGGUACUUCCGGCGCCCGUGGGAGCUGCCCUUCGAGCGGAGGCCCCGCUCGGCGGCCUACAUCCCCUUCGGCCAGGGCGACUUCUACUACGACGGCGCCCUCCUGGGCGGCACCCCCCGCGCGCUGCUGGGCCUCGUCGAGGAGUACCUGAAGGGGGCGGAGCGCGACCUCCGGGCGGGCAUCAACAGCACCUACGAGAGCCACCUGAACAGGUACCUCCUCUCCAACAAGCCGGCCAAGCUGCUGUCGCCCGAGUACAACUGGGACGCCACCCUGCUCCCGCCCCCGCAGGUCCGCAGCGUCAAGGUGUCCCAGCGCCUGGCGAGUGGCUGA